AAUUUGACUUCCGUUCAAAACAACAUGUCGGUGUAUCGGUAUGGAGUUUGGUUCGUGAAAGGCCUUCGAGAAUACACUAAAACAGGCUAUGAAGCCGCACAGAAAUCGUUUAAACCUGAUGCCCUCGAUGUGGACAUAUCAAUCAGAUCAUUCAUGAUUACAGGAGCAAACAGCGGAGUCGGCAAAGCGGCUGCUCUCGAACUUGCCAAGAAAGGAGCCACAGUUCACAUGGUUUGUCGAGAUAAAACAAGAGGCGAGGAAGCUAAAAAUGAGAUARUAGAAAGUUCUGGUAACGAUAAAAUAUUGCUGCAUAUCCUAGAUAUGUCAGAGCCGCGRAGUGUUUGCCAAUUUGCCCGUGAUUUCGCGGCGUCAGAGAAGCCUCUUCAUGUUYUAGUGAACAAUGCUGGCUGCAUGGUCAAUUCUAGAGAGGUUAACRAUAAUGGCCUUGAGAAGAACUUUGCUACAAACACUCUUGGGACUUAUAUUUUGACCAAAGAGUUGAUCCCUUGUUUGUCGAAGCAGGAAUCUCCACGAGUGGUAACMGUCUCUUCAGGUGGAAUGCUGCUUGUAAAACUGGACAACAGCGAUUUGCAGUCAGAAAAAAUGAGCAAAUUUGAUGGCUCGUUAGUUUAUUCACAGAAUAAACGACAGCAGGUUGUCAUAACAGAGAGAUGGGCAGAGAAAYACCCUAACAUAUACUUUGCUACCAUGCACCCAGGUUGGGCUGAUACSCCAGCUGUGCGCACAUCACUGCCCGAUUUCUACAACCGAACCAARCAUCUGUUAAGAUCACCAGAGCAAGGUGCCGAUACCAUUGUAUGGUUGUGCAUUUCUACACAUGUAUCCCAGCAUCCCAAUGGGUCAUUCUUCCAGGACAGARGCCCAGUCCCAAAGCAUCUACCAUUAGCUUGGACAAAAUCUUCUUUAGCUGAAGAUAAUAAACUUAUAGAGUUGCUGGAUGCAAUGGUUUUGAAAUUUUAGGCAAUCUUUGAUUUAGACAAUUAAUAUGGCCCACUUUCAUCAGACUGAGACUGAUUUGGACUCAAGGGACCCUACAUGUACUUCCUUUUGCCAGAGAAAAUUGUCMAGUCCAGAACAUAUUUGUUCAACUCCUUAAUCUUGUUUCUACUAAUGUCAAGUAUGAUUAACAACAUUUAUGCAGGGGAAGUGAUUUGGUAAAAUAUUUUAAAUCUAAAGGCUGAUUUACACGGCACGAUUGUCUCGUGCUAUUUGUAGUAUACGACUUGAAUCGCGCAGUGUAAAUGCCCCUACGA